CUGGCUCAAGUGUUGUUCACAAUAUCCUAUGCCGGAAGGGAAGUGAGGCCUGGCAAUUAGUAAGAAGAGGGCCUGGAGAGGAAGCGGUCGUGGUUGGGAAGGCUGCAGACCACGCAGGAGCGGCUAAAGCCACUCUCCGAAGAGUCUGCAAGGAGAAACAGAUGACGCCGCUGAAGCACCACAGUCUCAGCUUGGAGGGAGGGAGGUGAGGGUGAAGGAGCAGUCCUGCCGUGAAGAGGAUGGAGUCCCACAGCACUGGGCUGAUGCUUCUGCUCUUGGCAUUCCAACUCCCAGAAAGUAAUCCAGUCAAGUAUCCUCUGCGUCAAGUGAACGGGAUCCUGGGAGGAUCGGUUCUGUUGCCUGUAAUUAUAUCCCCAACAAAAACUGUGACUAAAAUCCAAUGGAUCAAUCAAAGCAAGUCUGAAAAGACACUUAUUGUUGAGUUUGAAAAGGGAACUCUGGUGCACCCUUUCCCCCCUGACGUGUUUGCACGGACCUUUGAAAUGGCCAACGAGACCACGCUGAGGAUCAAAGACCUGGAGAUGAGGCACAGUGGAGUAUAUAUGGCACAUGUGAAGCUGGAUACUGAAGAGGUUGAAGACCACACCUUCAGGCUCACGGUCUACGAGCCAGUUCCAGAACCAAAGAUACUUCACCAGCUACUCUCCACAGCUUCAGAUGGAUGCCAUGUGACCCUGCAGUGUCAGGCAUUUGGAAAGGGGGAAUUUAAUGUCACCUGGAAAAGAGGGAAUAAUCUACUCAGAGCCUGGGAAGAAGGCAUGGACUGGUAUUUGCUAUCUGGCAAUGACACAGGUAUCCACUUGUUCUGGCAACCCAGUUCUUCAGACUCCAAUCUCACCUGCCUGGUCAGUAAUCCCGCGGAUAAAAAGAACGCCUCAUUCAACUUGCUCAGCAUCUGUCCGUAUGUGGAAGCCAACACCAUCUUCUUUUGGAUAAGAAUUUUCAUCCUGGUGGGGCUCAUAGUACAAAUUGGCACCGUUGCCUUCCUGGGCAUCCUGGAAAGAAGAGGACCCUGAAGCCUGCUUGGAUUGUGUCUAGAAGAGAUAAGUCCUGGUUUGGGCUCAGCUGCAAGAAGGAGAGCAGCACCUCCACUCAGGGACUCACUUUCCCACAAUGUCUAGAGAAGUUGACGGGACCAGCCGUGGGUCAAAGCCAGCUGCUCCCUUGUCUCGUGCACCGACUCCAAAGGAAACCUAAAGCAACACCAUGUGGUACUUGGACCUUCCCAUAUUCUGAAUUUAUUCCAUCCUUUCUCCACUUUCCUAGAGUUUGUUUUUAUUAGAUUUUGAGAAGUUACCAUUGCAAACUAGCCAUUAGAACCUAUGGGAUGAUAAAUUUAAAAAAUCACACCCACAAAUACUUACACCAAGCCACAUAAUGCUCUGUAAUAUUAAUAUGGAGGAAAUGAGGAAUGGAAAUAAGAGAGAACGUUACUUGAUAUUCCAUAUGCAUUCUUCAGUUUCUCAUCGAAAAAGUUAAUGGUGCCAAAGGUGUAUUUGGUCAAAAUGCAGAUUCCAAAACUUAGCAUCACAUUCUAACUUGGCAAAGAGGCACCUUCCAGCGUGGUGAUUCUCUUUAUUUAGCAGGGAGAGAGCAACUGGUUCUAUCCAGCCCCAACACAGCAUCCCUCCAAUAGCUGUUCCUGGUGUUUGUCUUGUGUUUCUUUUUAGACUGUAAGCCCUCUGGGCACAGGGAGCCAUCUUAUUCUGUGUAAACCGCCCUGAGCCAUUUUUGGAAGGGCAGUAUAGAAAUCAAAUGAAUGAAUGAAUGAAUUGUAUUAAUUCUUUUAUAAUGGGUGAGCUUGUAUUACUCCCCUCUGCACUUGUAUGCAGACAAUAACUAUAACAACAGAGCAAGAGAUCCGGAUUGGUUCCCAGCAGCUGAUCUACACUGCCAAUUGCCUUGUCUCUUUAGGACCCUUUUCUCCCACGUAGACCUCCCUGUCCUUGGGAGAUCUAGGAUUCCCCCAUGUUCCUUCAUUGACCUUGGAUCACUUGGGACUCUGUGGUGACAAUCAUGCUCCCUGAAUCCAUGGCUUUUGAAGAUCCAUUAAAAAAACACUCUCAAUCCAGAAAACUUUGCCUGAACAGAGUUUUGUUGUAGUUUUAUGAACAGUGCUAUCUAAGCUGUAUGUUGCUGCUGCUAACGUUAAUUUGUUUUAAUAAUUAUUAUAUACUUUAACAAUUG